AUGAAAAAGGAGGUAGAAGAGGCUAUCAGUAUCACAUUGAAAGAAGAGGAGGAUGUUACAGUGAAAGAAGAGAAAGAACCUUUUAGAGUGAAAGAUGAAGAGGGGAUAGAGGCUGUCACAGUAGAAGAAGAGGAGGUAGAAGCUUUCAGAAUUAAAAAGGAGGAAGAGGAGGAGGAUGUUAUAGUGAAAGAAGAGAAAGAACCUUUUGAAGAGGAAGAGGAGGCUGAAGAUCUGAUUAACACCCGUCUAAUGCAUGAAGAGUCCUUCAGGGAACCAGACCCAGAGACGUCCAAACCAGCAAGACCACACCACUGCUCCCACUGUGGAAAGAGUUUUACCCGGUUCUGGAACCUAAAACAGCAUGAGACGAUGCACACAGGAGAAAAGCCUUUUCAAUGUUCCCAGUGUGGAAAGAGUUUUACCUGGUUAAGGGCCCUGAAUAGGCAUGAAGAAAUACAUACAGCAGGGAGGAAGACCUACCAAUGCUCCCAGUGUGGAAAGAGUUUUACUCAGUUAGGAAGCCUGAAAAUACAUGAGAGAAUUCAUACAGGAGAGAAGCCUUACCCCUGCUCCCUGUGUGGAAAGAAUUUUACCAUGUUAGGCAAUCUUAAAAAACAUGAGAAAAUACACUCAGGAGAGAAGCCUUACCACUGUUCCCUGUGUGGAAAGAGUUUUACCCAGAUAGGGAGUCUGAAAACACAUGAGAGAAUGCACACAGGAGAGAAGCCUUAUUACUGCUCCCAGUGUGGCAAGUAUUUUUCUCAUUUAGAGACCCUGAAAAUACAUAAGAGAAUACAUACAGGAGAGAAGCCUCACCACUGCUCCCUGUGUGGAAAGAGUUUGACCACUUUGGGCAAUCUAAAAGAGCAUGAGAGGACACACACGGGAGAAAAGCCUUUUAAGUGUUCCCUCUGUGGAAAGAGUUUUACCCAUUUAGCGAGCCUGAAAAGGCAUAAAGGAAUACACACAGGAGAAAAGCCUUACCAAUUCUCCCAGUGAGGAAAGAGAUUUUCACGAUUACAGGACCUUACAUGACAUGAGAGGACACACCUGACCACUGCUCCCAAUGUGGAAAGACUUUUACCUUGUUAAGGAUCCUGAAAACAUUGAGACACAGGAGAAAAGAUCUACCACUGUUAUCAGUGUGGAAUAAGAUUUAUUUCUAGAACCUGAAAUAAUUCAUACAAAUACACAGGAGGAGAAGACAUACUACUGCUCUCAUUGUGGAAAGACAUUUUCCCAGUCAGAGGACCUGAAAACACAUGAGAGAAUAGAGAGGCUGUGUUCUGACUUAAGUUUUUGACUGAGAAUUUGGGGGUUUGUUUAAUACCGCAUUAUUAAAUCGUAUUCAAAAAAGGUUUACAGGAAUUGGUUUAAAAAGGUUUACAGGAGAGGCCUGGGAAUUCAUGUAAAUCUUUUAUGAGUGUGAUUUAAUGUGGUUAUAUAUAUAUAUACACUGCUCAAAAAAAUAACGAGAACACUUAAACAACACAAUGUAACUCCAAGUCAAUCACACUUCUGUGAAAUCAAACUGUCCACUUAGGAAGCAACACUGAUUGGCAAUACAUUCACAUGCUGUUGUGCAAAUGGAAUAUACAACAGGUGGAAAUUAUAGGCAAUUAGCAAGACAUCCCCCAAUAAAGGAGUGGUUCUACAGGUGGUGACCACAGACCACUUCUCAGUUCCUAUGCUUCCUGGCUGAUGUUUUGGUCACUUUUGAAUGCUGGCGGUGCUUUCACUCUAGUGGUAGCAUGAGACGGAGUCUACAACCCACACAAGUGGCUCAGGUAGUGCAGCUCAUCCAGGAUGGCACAUCAAUGCGAGCUGUGGCAAGAAGGUUUGCUGUGUCUGUCAGCGUAGUAUCCAGCGCAUGGAGGCGCUACCAGGAGACA